AACAACUCGUAGUGAAAAGCCACUGUAUAUUCAUCUGUAUCACAAUAGGUUGCAUUUCGCAACGCCGCGUGAACGUGAAGUAGAUACUGGUAUCGUGUUAAAUCAGAGAAAGCGAAAAUGGCGGCUUCCGAUCAAAAGUUUCUUGUCGCUGACGACGACCACGUGGAUCUAGCCCCAGGCAUGGAUAAGGAUCAACCCUCUUCGAAGCGUCGCAAGAUCGGCGCAGCUGGAACAGCAGCACCUUCCGGGGGGAAGAUGAAAAACAAAAAAUCGAAGAAUUCGACUGCUCGAGAGCAGCCGAGAAACGAGGCAGAGGAAGCCGAAUUGCAGUCGUUUCACAACUAUCAAAUGCAAAAAAUGUCUGGGGCUGGAAGAGAUUUGUCAUGCUGAUCUGGCAUGGCCCUUAAAUCUGUAACUGUAUUGCGUGGCCAGGGCCACAAACAGCCUCUUUCGCUUUUCAUGCAAAAGCACAGUUUCUCAUGCGAAAUAUGCAUCACAGAAGCACGAAAAAACUUGUCAUGCUUGGCGGCGCAUUACAGUGCAUUUGUUAUUGACUGUCUUGCAUCACAGGUUACGAGACCCAGACAUAUUUGCAUGUGAUAACAACAUUUUGGAGCAAUUGGUUGCGGAAGAACAGCAGGGGAAAAAUGGUGUGAAUAUUAGUACAACUUCUGUAACUCCAACUUCUCCGGAGAAGGAGCUGCAGGGACCUACUGCGAUGGUCUUGCAAAGUGAAAGUAAUCAUCACGCAUCAAGUACAACGUCCUCUGGCCUUAUACCAGCUGACCCGAUUCUUGCGAUUCAGAAGAUUCUUGGGGCGCCGGGAGUAGAACUGCCAAAUAAAACAAACUCCGACGACGAGGACGACGCAGAGGAGCAAGCGAACAAGUUGGAGGCCGAGUUUGCCGCGUUGAGCGCGGAGUUGCAGUCUUUGAAUGGCUAUCCUGUGCAAAAGUAUCGUACUCGUAUUGCAAUCAUGCAUCACAAAUCUUUCUCUCGAAUGUAAAUCAGCAUUACAAAUUUUAUCCCUCAUGCUGAGGAAAUUUGUAAUGCAUCUACACGAGUACGAUACUUUAACUUUUGCAAUGCAUAAUGGAGGGGGGAGCAGUAGUAGUAGUUCGUCAUCUUCCAUUGCCGGCUCGAAUCAGUCCGGGAGAAAGGCGGGAAAGAACAUCAAAAACAAUAAAACGACCGGCACCACCACCAAAGUAGCAGCGAAGACGAAAACUACAGGGAAGAUGAAAAAGAACUCGCAAGAACGAGGUGAAGAUGGCGCCGGGCUCAAAGGAAAGGCUGCGGUGGUCUGGGAGGAACCGCGGAAAAUGAGCAAUGUCUUAUUGGACGAGCCAGCAGACUCCAAUGCCCCCGCGGCCCUGGACCACCUGAACAUGGACGUCUUCGCCACGACGGCGCUGCAAUCAGGGGAGGAACGAGGUCUUCUCGUUUCCGAAAGAAUAUCCGAUGAUCCAGUGGCUUUAGAAGUAGAAGCACACCAAGCAGGAGAAUUUAUUUCGGCGAGUACUACUAGAACUUCUUCUACCGGGCAGCUGGUGCUGUCCGCGUCGAGAGGUGUAGCACCACCCCCAGCUGGAGUUAUUCCUGGAAGCAAAGUAGAUCCACCCGGGGGCAAAGAAGAGAAUGCUAUAGUUCAUCUUGCAGGAACUACAACGACCAAAGAGCAGCGUCUGAUCGAGGACGAAUUUCUCCGCGACGUGGCUAAAGUGCAAAUGGGCAUGGUGCAGACAAACAACCUUGAUCCACCACCACCAAUCCCGUCGCCCCAUGCUGUGAACCACCUAGUACAACAGACGCACCAACAAGGCGGUGGUCUUUCUGCCCUCCAGAACGACGGAAGUUCACCGUUGCUGCCCCUCCAGAACCUACUGUUUCCGCCAGCACCUAGCGGGGCAAGUACGUCUCGACCCCCACUGGUGCAAGCGGAGCAGGUGUUCGCUCUGUCAAAUCCGGAGCAGCAGCAGUACUUGCGAAAGGAAGCGACGAAGAUCAUUCUGCAGGAAAAGAUCGCGCAGAAACAGGAACAGAAUAAGCCGCAGGUGUUCCACUCGGUGCAGGAGUUCCAGAAUUUUUGCGCCAAGGAAUGGGCCAGGGAAAUCAAGAGGACGGAAGUGAAGAGUAAGGAACAAGAAACUAUGGAGCAGCUAGAAAGUGGUGGUGGUCAGCAAUCGUCUAACUCUUCGAACGGCAAAAAUUCCAAAUCGAGAGGGAGCAAGAACCAGCAAAAAAAUAAGAUCGUUUCCAUUCUGCAGCUGAAACAGACGAAUCCGAAGGAGUACUACAAGAAGAAAGUGAAGUAUCCCACGAAAAAAGUGUUACAGUUACACAUUUGUAGUGAAUUCAGCAACACAAAUUUCUCUGCAUGAGAGCGAAAACUUGUAAUGCAGAAAUCCUACGGGAAACACCUAUGAAACGAGGCAACUAUGCAUAUCCGGCAUUACAGAGAUUGUCUGUCUUGCUUGGCCUGCAACACAAUGUGUAGCCGUAGCACUUUUUUCUUGCGAUAUGAAGUUCGCGGAGUAUUUGUUCGAAAAAGCAAAGAAAAAGUGCUGGUUUUCGAAGAGCUGUCCAGUGGAAGUGUACAGCGCGAAGUUCAACGGGGAAGGAUUAGUGAAGAAUACUUCUGGUAGUUGUACAGGAACAGAAGAUGCCGAACGGGCAAAGAAUGAGAAAGCCCCCACGGAUUCAGGAACUGCAGCCGCUCUCGCUAAAAACAACCGGUUGCUGAAGGCAGGGGGAAUGAAGAACACCAAAACUUCUUCUAGCGAAGGACCGGGUAGGACUCUUGCUGUUAACGAGAACCAAAACAGCAGCAGGAAACCACUGUUAGCGGGCGAUAACAAGACAACAGAAGGCGGUGAAGAUGAGCUAGAAAGUAUACUAAGCAAGAAGAAAGGCAACAAAUCAUCUUCCGACAAGUUUCUGAAAUUUUUCAAAAACUACAGCGCAGAUGAUGAUAACUCGUCCCCAACCGACAAACUGCGCUACUUGACGGAAGCGCCGCCGGCGCCUGCUGCGGGGGAGCGGAGGCCUGUGCUCGAGAAUGCGAGGCCGGACAAGGAUUACUUCAAGAUCGUCGACACAACUACCAGCGAGAUGAAACACGGAGAAACAGUUGUUCCUGCUCGUGGUUGCACCUCUACGGUUGGUCAUCCCAAUUCAUCCGUCAGGAAGAGCAGUGCGAAACAUCACGGAAAAAAGCACUUUUCCGCUGGGAAGACGGUUUCAUCUCGUAAGAGUUGUAAGAUCGAUCUUGACGAGGUGAAUCCUGAGUUUCACCCGGGGCAAGAAUUGAUCGAGAAUCCGGUCUUUUCUUCCCGGAAGGACCACAAGAAGACCACGCUUUCGCUGCUGGACGGAGGGCGACGAGAGGGCACUAAUAAAGCUGUUUUCGACUGCACUUCUACCGUGCAGCACCCGGAAGUUGUUCUAGGUGAAGCCGCUUCUAAGCCUGCACUUGCGGAGGUGGUUCCGGAGGGAAAUGGCGAAACCGCGUUGGUCUUGAAAGAAGGUGGAGACACGUCCUCCAAAAACAACAGCAUGGAUAACCACGACGAUGACGACGACGACGAACAUCUCGACCGGGACUGUUUCUACGGCGUUUCGCGGGAGGUUUUGCUGGAGAUGAUCGAGAAUUUAGUCCUGACCAGCCUGAAGCGGCUGCACGAGGGGGUGUUGCCUUGGGUGAGUUUGUUGAACGCCAAUUGUCCUGCUACGUCAAGCACAACUGCUGGAGAGGUGCAAGAACUUGCCCCGAAUUUUGAUCACGGUGCCGCAUCCCAAAUUAUGGCCGCGAACGACCACAGUGAGAACUACAGUCAAAAGCAAUCUGCAGCUACAUCCCACACUUCUUCUUCCGCCUUCAAUUCCCAGACGCAAAACAAAUUCCAAUCCGACGCUACCAAUGGUGCAGAGAACAAAUCGGGUAACAAGCAGGGAUAUCAAAUGCAAAAAUGUCUGGGUCUGGAAGGAUGCAAGGUUUGUCAUGCACAUUUUGCAUGACUCCUGAUGUCUGCGAUGCAUGCCCUAGCAUCACAGGUCUUGUGAGGGCUUUCUGAUGCCUAUACCGCAUGACAAAUACUCUUUCCGUGUAGCAAAACUUGGACUCUCUUUGCUGCUCAUGCGAUUAUACAGAUUUUUUUAGAAUCCAAAAUCAGCAUGACAAGCUGGAUUCUUCCAGACCCAGACACUUUUACAGUUGAUAAGGGAACGAUAGGCGGAGAACACGCGGAUAUCAUCGUGGAAUCGUGGCUGGAGCACUUGAGUGCGAAGGUUUCGCCCGUAACUCAGGACAGUCAGGAAUCUUCGGAUGGUAUCAAUUCGGCACAUAUGGAUUGCAAAUAUGUCUGGGUCUGGAAGAGUGGAACUUGUAAUGCUGUCUGCGGAUUCUAAAAAUGUUUGUGUUGCAUGAGCAUCCAAGAGGAGUCAGCUCUUGGCACGCAGAGAGGGCAUUUCUCAUGCGUGAUUAUCAUCAAGAAGCGUCUCAAAAAAUCUGUGAUGCUAGCACCAGCAUCGCAGACCUCACGACAAGCCCCGGCUCUUCCAGACCCAGACACUUUUGCAGUUGAUAGCACAGCAGGAGGAGCAACUACAGGGAGGCGGUGCGGGCCGGAAAAAUAAACACAAACAAGACAACAACGAUGACGUUCCGAUCUGGCUGAAGCACGCGGUGUACGAAAACGAAAAUUUGACGCAUGCCGUGGGUCCGACGGCGAAAGAUAAGGAGAGUGGUAGUAAAAAGGCGAGUCCCGCCACCGUUGCCAGUUCCGAAAAAGUAGGAGCUGCUGUGCCGGAACAUCACGCAGAGUCCUCGUUGCAGGAAGACAAUAUGCUGGUUUUGUUUGAGGGGAACACGGACGAGGCGAAAGGAGUACUGAACCAGGACCAGGAACAAGACAAGAAAACUGGCGGGGCCCCAGCACAGGAUAGAAAAGUCGACGAACAAGAAACCUUUCUCCUCGACCCGCCGACAGCGGCUCAUUACUCUUCGUCGCAACUGCAAGGCAUAGGCAAGGAAAGCUGCAAUCCCAAACCGACGGUGAUCCAAAUCAAACAGUCCAACCUCUCUCCCUCGCUCCUCCGCAUGGCCCGGAUUUUCGCCGUGUUGAAUUUGAUCCACGAGAUGCUGGUGCAGAACCGGGUUUGUACGCAAAGGGAACUGUUUUACCGCUUGAAGUCCAAGGAUUUGAAGACGGGGUUGUUUACCCAGCAGUUGCAGCUAAACAAAACUUUGGAGGAGAUUGUACUGCUACUCCGGACACCGCGGAAACUUUUCGGCGUUUUGACGGUCAACAAGGGGUUAAUUUCCGGGCCCUUUUUGACGAUUGGGGGCCGGGUAUCCUAUGGAAAAACGUCCCCACCCCAUAGCUGUCAUGCAAAUCUGCAUGCUCAAAAUGUUUCUCAUGCGGAGACCCAUAAGAAGCAUUGCUUAGUCGUGUUUUGGGAUUCGUAAUGCUCCAAUCAGCUGCAUAAGAGGCCAUAUCUGUGAUGCUACUGGACGACCGCAACAGCAUUAUACUACGAGGCCAAACUUGUCACGCGCAACAACCUAAGCUUAUUGAUUUGUCUAGCAGAUUUCCGAGCUGGACUAAGGGCAGGUGGGGAUAUCUUUACUCAGGAUACCGGGUGUUACCGGACACGACGACCCGGGGCGUGCCGAUUAGCGAGGACAUUGUCGAUAAGUGCGCACGGGACAUCGAUUUAAACGGAAAAUCUGCUUUGCUCAAUGCGGGGCUAUCGUCGUCCAGCUAUGUGAAGUGCAUUCUGAUCGUGGAGAAAGAGACUGUGUUUUUCUCCCUACUGGACCACUUCAACAAGAAAGCACAGGAGCAGAUCCAGGCAAACAACCAGGAGAAACACGGCAAAAUAAGUAAACCGUCGAACAGUAAAACUGCAAAUUAUAAGCAAGUCGAGAACAUCGUACUGGUAACCGCGAAGGGGUUUCCGGACGUUUUAACGCGGAAGUUACUGACUAAACUCGCGAAACUCUACCCCCUGACCCCCUUCCUCUACCUCGGGGACUGCGACCCCCACGGCGUGCACAUUUUCCUCAAGUACAAGCAGACCCUGCCGAAUUUGAGGUCCAUCGGUUUGCAUGUGACGGACGUUAUCGCCGACGUUAGUCGGAGGUACCCUUCGGUCGGGAGUUUUACCGCGAAGGAGAAGCGGAUGUUACUGAGUUUAAAGGAAGAAAAUUACUUGGUCUUGUCCAAUCCGGCACUGCGGAUGGAGAUUGAGCGGAUGCUAUGAAUUGCAAAAGCAUCGUACUAGUAUGAAUUGCAUCACAAAUUUCCUCAGCGUGAGAAAUGGAAUUGGUAAUGCUGAUUGACCUGAGGAAAAUGUAAUGCAUAACUGCAAUUUUUACUACGAGUGCGAUACAACUUUUGCACUGGAUAGAUGCUGCAGUGCGGCUACAAAUACGAAGUAGAGGCGCUGUUGGCGUACAGUGGCGGAUCUUCUUCUAUUUCUGGGAGCAGCAGCAGUAGCGGGCAAAAUCAAAAUCAUCAGAACUACGGCGACGACUCCAUGUUGGUCCUCGCGGAAGAUGGGGGAGGAGGGGGUGAUCAUGAUGUGGGCGGAGCAGGAGGAGGAGUGUCUUCAGGCACGGUAGAGGACUCGGAUGAGAAAAACUACUUUUUGGAAACCUACGUCCCGUGGAAGAUUAACAAUCGUCACGCGUGGAUUUAAGAGGGAACUGCUAUGAAGAAGAACUUUAGCGUUAUUUUACGGUUUAUUUUGGUGCGAAGAACUUUCUUCGGCGCCGUUGUAAGUAUGUCUUUUUGAGGAGCCCAGUCUUGUUCGCGAGAAAAUACCAAAUGAAAACUGAAAACUGAAUCAGAAAAGUUGAAUUUUGGAACUCAAUUCUACGAGUUGUAUGCGCGCCGCAGGAGUAGCAGCAAGAAGAUUGCAGUGACUACAACCUGCUGAAAAAAAUGAUCGCUGCUAUUGCAAUGAAGAUGAACUGUACGAUAUAGAGAAGACUUUUGCAACUACUGAAACUUCUUUGAACUUGCAAUUUUAACAAAGAGCUUCCUUUUAUUAAUUCGGGAUUUGGACUGAACCCAUCCGAGAACUUCGAUUUAUUUCUACGAUUUUGGAAUACGAUCCUCCGUUAUUUCCGUGAGCUUGCAUUUAUUGGAAUGGGUACUACUAUCGAGAACUUCUUUUGAAUCCAGAACUACAGACAAGGCUUUAAUACGAGGAAACCAUCAAAAUGAUUGCAAUCAGAGGUAAAACACCAGAGUGCCGAAUAAAUGUACCCGAGGACGCAAACAAUAACAAAACCAAAACGGG